AUUCAUCAAAAAGUAGCAGCAAGAAAGAAGCAUUGUACAUACAUUCUAUAAAAUAAAAAAAGCUUACCCUACUCUUUGGCUUAAUAAUCGUUCUACCUCUGAGAUUAUGCUUUCUCUUACAACUGCUGCAACUUGUAAACAAUGCCGAAGAAAUACUCAUAAACUGAAAUGCAUCACCACUGAAAUAUACAAUAGUUCGCUCCUUAUUCACUCUAGAAAUCAUUCUCGGCGUCAGUCGACAAUAGCAAAGAGAAGCGAGAUCAAUAACUCAACAUUGACAACAAUCAAAAUCCAUCGUACACAAAAAUGGAAUCCUUCUCUACACAUACCCACCAUGAGAUCACUAUCGACAAACACAACCAAUCGCGAACUGCAAGAGAAAUCCCAGGAACCAUUUGAGGAUCGCUACUACGACACUGUUCUCUCAGUAGCUUUAGAUCAGUCCAACUCUGUUAUUGCACAAUCAUUAUUGGAAAAUACAUUCUUGCUACUUAGAAAAGGUAGCACAGAUCUUGCCUGGGAGUGUUAUAGAGAUUUAUCGUCCCAGAAAGUUCAAAAGUAUAUCUCUCGUGAUCAGUAUGCCCGUCUCGUUCGAAAGUUCUAUCACCAACCCAGCCGUGCUUUGGGACUAGAAGCAGUCUUGACACUCGUAGAAGACAUGAAGCAGCUAGGAUAUAAAGUGGGUAGAAAGGAAAGAUUACUAGUUUUACAAUUGCUUGGUCAAAAUGGAAUGAUAAAAGAAAUGGAAAAGGUGUAUACUGAUUUCAAAAAUGACAAUCUAUUGAUUGUGUCGGACGAGGCAGAAGACAAAAAGGCUUUCAAUAUCAUGAUAACUGCAUACGAAGGGCAGAAAAAGACAAUGGGUAAUAAAGAAGCAGCAUUGAAUAUAAUGAAGAUUUACGAAGAUAUGCUCUAUCACUGCGUUCAACCAAAUGCUAGAGCAACAACUGCACUGCUGGAAAGCAUUCGAUCUGCGGGUUAUUCAGACGACAUGGUAGAAAAGCUGUCUAAUUGGGCAUGGCCAAAAAUGGCACCCAAGACGAAUGAAUUACAACUGGAUCCUGUGAUAUAUCAAAAUAUAGUCUGUUAUUUUGCAAACGCUGGACGUCCUGAUUAUGCCUUACAAGUGAACGACAUUAUGAUAAAGAAUAACAUACCUCGUACGCUUCAAAUGAUGACAGCAUUAAUACAUAAAGUUGGCCGAGCGGGUGAUAUCGAACAAGCCAUGAAACUAUUUGAUGAAAUGGUGCACAAGGAUGGAAUCCAGCCAAGUCUUGUUACCUUUAAUGUGUUGAUUGAUAUCCAUGCUCACAAGAGACCGGAACCUGACGUUGAAGGAGCCAAUAGAGCCUACGAUAUGCUGCGAGAAGCCGGUUUACAGCCAGAUACCUAUACAUUUGCCACAUUGAUUGAUAUGUUUGCAAAACAAAAAGACUUCAAAAUGCUUCGACGAAUCUACCGUUAUAUGUAUCACAAUAAGAAAAUUCGACCAAAUGAAUAUGUUGCUUCAUCCAUUGUUGAAUGCUUCAUAAAGCUUGGUGACCUCAAUUCUGCACUUGGGGCUUUUCGUAUGCUAAGAGGUGCAGGAGCAAAGACGACUGUGAUGUUAGAUCUUGUGUUCAAAGGAUUGAUCAGUAGCGGAAGAGCUCAAGAUGCCUUUGAUCUUGUGGAAUCUAUGCGUUAUACUGAAUUUGGACCAAAAGCUAGCACAUUUAUGCCUUUAUUAGAAUUUUAUGCGAAUAGAGGAGAUGCUGAUAGGGUUCAAAAAGUAGCCACACUGUUGACUAAAGCAAAUUUGCCAACAAAGCCGCAACAUCUUCUUGCUGCACUACUGAAAGCACACGCCAAGUCUCGCAACAUCGGAAGUGCAGAAAGAAUAUUUGAAGCAUAUACGAAGAAGUGGCAGCCUACCGUUUUUGUAUACAACUCGCUACUUUAUGCAUAUGUUAUGAACAAUGAAAUGGAUAAGGUGCUGGAGAUUUAUAGCCGCAUGUCUACAGACAGCAUAAAACCAGACGUAAACACGUAUGGUAUCCUUAUGCACUUUUAUUCAAGGCGUGGAGAUGUGCGAGCAGUAGAGGUUAUCAUGGACACAAUGAAAGCAAACAACAUCAAGCCAAGUGUAACUUGUGAGACAAUACUCAUGCAGACAUAUUUCGAAGCCAGUUUAUCGUCAGAUGCUAGAUCAGUCAUGGAACGUAUGCUUCAAGCUGGCUUAAGGCCUACGUCGCAAACUUGGAGUAUUCUAGUGAAUGGCUGUGCAAAAUCCAACGAAUUAGAAUAUGCAGAAUCCAUUCUACAAGAAGCUAUCGACAGAUCAAAGGUGUUCUGGAGUCAUCAAUCAAACUUUUUGAAGAAUGCAACAAGUGCAGUUGUCAAAACUCAUGCGCUUUAUGACUCAUAUGUGCCUGAAACCAUUGAAGAUAUUUUGGAAAAGACACACCCAGAUUUAGGCACACAACCAAAUAUUCUUUCAGCAUAUUUAUUCACUCCUCUCAUUGAUGCAUAUAGCAAAAAGGGCAACUUUACAAGAGCAAAACAACUGUUUAAAACAAUGCUUGACCUUCGUAUACCUAUCACCGUACCAACUUAUGUUACCUUAAUGAGCAUGUUUCAAAAUGAAAAGCAUUACGAUGCCGUAGAAACAAUGUGGAAUGCGUUACGAAAACCGGGAAAAGCUCAAACAUGUAUCAACAAUAUUGACCCAGACAUAGAUCGUAUACCAUUACCUGAAAAAUACUAUGAUUACCUGCACUUACUAAAAGUCACUGACGCAAAAAAUAUCCAAGUCAUUGAGCCCACUGAGGAGCCUAUACCCGAACAAGCUUCACAGUUUGCACUGUCUGUUUAUAUUGAUUCACUUGUAGAGCAGAAACGUAAUCAAGACGUUGAAAAUCUCUGGAACGAGUUAGAAGCGGAGAAUUACCAGUUUGAUGAACAAAACUUGAACAGAUAUCUAGUGUCGUUACUGACGGAGGAUAAAGUAGAUAAGGCAUGCAAUAUGGUUUCUACACACUUCUUUGCAUCUAAUGCAAUGAACGAAAAGGGCGAAUCAAGUGAUCAAUCGCUUGUGCCAAAGACGAUGCGUAAGAGAGACAAACUAGACAUAGAUACAGGCAAUCAAUUACAUGAUCGAACAUGUUUAGCAUUUGCAACAAAAUUCGAUAUUCCUGGAGCAGAGAACAUGGGCGUCUUUAGACUAAGAUCGACAGUGAUUGAAAGAAUCAAGAGUUAUUUGAGGAAAGAAUAAGCCUCAUAUAGUUUAUAGAAUCAUAGACUCUUUGUAUAAAAAAUAAACAAAAAUAAAUAGCUGCUUUGAACUUUAAAAAUAAUAAAACUGUAAUCACUCUAAUCACUCUAUCAUCA